AUGUCUCUCAAAUUCUCAUUCUCUCUUCUUCUAUUUUCCCUAAUCUCCACCCUCUCUACCGCCCAAUUCGGCGGCACUGGCUCUGCUCCCGCCGGCACUGGCACUGCUCCCGGCGGCGUUGGCACUACUCCCGGCGGCACUGGCACUACUCCGGGCGGCGCUGUCACUUCUCCGAGCGGCGUUGGCUCUGCUCCUGGUGGAACUAGUGCUGCUCCAGCCGGCGGUACUGCUACCGGCGGAGGCGGAGGGGCGACGGUUGAGUUGUGGUGCGUGGCGAAGAACAACGCAGAGGAUACUGCUCUUCAAUCGGCACUUGAUUGGGCUUGUGGGCCUGGAGGUGCUAAUUGCGGGCCAAUUCAGCCCGGUGGAUCCUGUUAUGACCCUAAAGAUAUACAGAAAACGGCGUCGUAUGUGUUCAAUGAUUACUUUAUUAAGCAUGGUAUGACUGAAGAUGCUUGUAAUUUUGAUAACACUGCUGCUCUCAUUUCUAUAAAUCCAAGUCAUAAUGGGUGUAAAUUUCCAUCCAGCAAGAAUUCAAGUGGAAGUUCUAGUGGGUCGACGAAUGGGGGAUUAAGUCCAUCCUCUGAAGAUUUGAGUAGCGGCAGUUCUAUUCUCAGGAGGUGGAUGUAUAUCUUGAUGGCGAUCAAUUUGCUGUUUGCAAGUCAGCUUAUUUUCUGA